AUGUUCUCGAAAGCCAUGAACACGACGCCGACCGUCCCGUCACGCAAUGCCUUGCGUGUACUACGGCAGCUGGCCCUCACCGGCGGUACGGUCGGCAGCUUCUGUACCUUCGCGGCUGUGUCCUAUGAUAUCCAUCGUCGGACACGCAUCGCCGAGCAGAUCAUCGAGAACAAACGAACCCUCCGAACCUCCGCUCCCAAUUACGAUGCGACCGCCUCCGCCCGCCGCAUCACUCGCAUGAGGGAAGCUGCCGAAGCUGGCGAGUUCAUGGGCUCUGCCUCCCUAAAAUCACAGCAGGAUGUGGGAGAGGUAGAUCGUGGAGAAAGCUCUGCACAAGCUGUCCCUAAACAAGAGGCCGCACCGCCUGCGCCCAACUUGCAAUCGGCGUCGCACUUCGGCCAGCACCGGAACCCGGCUUUUAAUCGCCCGCCUUAUCCUCGAGAAAGAAGUUACCGGGUGGAUCAGAUAGCCAGGGCGUACGAGAUUCAGCAAGGGGAGAAUCUGAAAGCCGAGGGCCGAAAGCCUCUCGAUGAAGUUCUCAUCGCCUUGCUGCGCAGCAAAGAAGCAAUCAAGGCUGCCAACACGUUCCUGCGGCAUGUAACACCGCGGGAAGGAGAAGGAAGAGUGAUCUCUUUUGAGAGGCGGAAGAUUGCUUGUGAUAUUUUUGCCAUGAACUGUCUCAAUGGUAACACGUUCAUUGCUCGCUCAAUGUUCCAGCGCAUUGAAGAGGUCUCCCUUGUCGAUGAGGAUAUGUGGACUGGGCUCAUUCAUUUGUUGGCUCGGGAUGGCCAUGUCGAAUCUGCGGCUGUGGUGUUCGAUAAAUAUCGUACCAAGUUUUCACUUCCUCCGUAUCUGCUAGAGGUUGUCAUUCGGUGCUGUAUUGAGUCACAGCGAUUACAUACAGCGAAAUGGCUUCUUUUGACUCGCCUUCACCAUGAUGUGGGAGGCGGCCUGUGCGGAGCCUAUCUCGAUGGGAUUUGGAAGAAGACGCGAAAUGUUGAGUUGAUCGGCCGUGAAUUUGGGAAACUCCUGAGAGGGCCUUAG